CAAAUUCCCGUCUAUUGUCGUUUCCCGUCGCAUCACGGCGGCGCCACUCAUCGGCAAAUACCAGAUUCUUUACGCAAACAACCUCCGUCCCUAUUUCCACCAGCACUCCAGUUUCCACAAUAUUUUCCCCAAUUCUCUUCAACCCAACAAUUAGUAAAAGAAGAAAAAACCUUUGACAGUUGCUGGAACUGGCCUAAAUCUUGUUAGUUUUCUUGUUGUAGUUUUUGAUUUUCUGUGUGUCUUUGACAGGAUUACACAAUGAUUGGACAUUUUCUUACCAGAGGGCUCGUAAUGGUUUUUGGAUAUGCAUAUCCAGCGUAUGAGUGCUUCAAAUCAGUGGAGAUGAAUAAGCCUGAUAUCGAGCAACUUCGUUUUUGGUGUCAAUAUUGGAUCUUAGUUGCUAUGUUGACUGUUUGUGAACGGAUUGGCGACACAUUUGUUUCAUGGGUUCCGAUGUACAGUGAAGCAAAGCUAGCAUUCUACAUAUACUUGUGGUACCCCAAAACAAAGGGAACAGUUUACGUUUACGAUUCGUUCUUCAAACCAUACAUUGAAAAACACGAGCCCGAAAUUGAUCGUAACUUGACGGAACUAAAGACGAGAGCUGGAAAUAUGUUUGUUUUGUACUGGCAAAGAGCCGCAAGUUAUGGUCAAACGCGUAUACUCGAUAUUCUUCAAUACAUUGCUUCACAAUCAGCCCCUAAACCUCACACACCAUCAUCUGAUUCAGCUCCUCACCAACGAGACGCUGCAGAUGCAGAGGGCCACCCGCAAGUGCCGCCAGCACCAUCGUCUUCUGCUGCUGUCUUGAGAGCGCAAAAGGCAAUGUUGUCACAAAGUUUAGCUAUGGUGGCAAAAUCUCAAACGUCUAAUGAGGUGGAGAUGACGGAAACCGAGCCGUCUGGUAACCCUGAUCCUCCCCCAAAGGAGGUUGUUAUGGAAGAAGAUGUUAAGGUGUACACGCGUGUUAGGUCAAGGAAAGCGGGUGACACGUCGGGUCAAUAAUGUCCUUGGCAAUUUAUAGUUUGUAACAUGUGAGUAUGUAGGAUGCUGGUUUGAUUAAUGUAACGCGGUUGUGUUGUAUAUUAUUACUUGCUUUAAGUUCACCUAUUACACACGUUGUGAAAGUU